AGGCCGGAACGGAGCGUCUGCAAUGGAGUGAGACCCUUGGGAGGUCUGACAGUCACUGAUACCACAAGCACCAUGGGGCCCUGGGGGGAGCCAGAGCUCCUGGUGUGGCGCCCAGAAGCAAUAGCUUCAGAGCCCUCAGUGCCGGUGGGGCUGGAGGUGAAGCUGGGGGCCCUGGUACUGCUGCUGCUGCUGACCCUCGUCUGUAGCCUGGUGCCUGUCUGCGUGCUUCGAAGGCCAGGCGCCAGCCAUGAAUCCUCGCCCUCGGGCCAGAAAGCCCUAAGUCUAGUGAGCUGCUUCGCAGGAGGUGUCUUUUUGGCUACUUGUCUUCUGGACCUGCUGCCCGACUACCUAGCUGCCAUAGACGAGGCCUUGGCGGCCCUGCAUGUAACGCUUCAGUUCCCCUUGCAAGAGUUCAUCCUGGCCAUGGGUUUCUUCCUGGUCUUGGUGAUGGAGCAGAUCACACUGGCUUACAAGGAGCAGUCCAGUCCACCACAUCCAGAAGAGACGAGGGCUCUGCUGGGAGCAGCGAAUGGAGGGCCUCAACACUGGCAUGAUGGACCAGGGCUCCCCCAGGCCAGCGGAACUCCAGCAGCGCCCUCAGCCCUGCGUGCCUGUGUACUGGUCUUCUCUCUAGCCUUGCACUCUGUGUUUGAGGGCUUGGCUGUGGGCUUACAGCGAGACAGAGCUCGGGCAAUGGAGCUGUGCCUAGCUCUGCUGCUCCACAAGGGGAUCUUGGCAGUCAGCCUGUCCCUGAGGCUGCUCCAGAGCCACCUUCGGGUACAGGUGGUGGCUGGCUGUGGGAUCCUCUUCUCAUGUAUGACACCUCUGGGAAUCGGGCUCGGGGCAGCUCUGUCAGAGUCAGCUGGGCCGCUGCACCAGUUGGCCCAAUCUGUGCUGGAGGGAAUGGCAGCUGGCACCUUCCUCUAUAUCACCUUCCUGGAAAUUCUACCCCAAGAGCUGGCCACUUCUGAGCAGCGGAUUCUCAAGGUCAUCUUGCUCCUAGCAGGCUUUGCCCUGCUCACUGGCCUGCUCUUUAUCCAGAUCUAAGGUGCUCAGAUAGAAAGGGCAGGGGAUGCUGACUGUCAGGUGCCCCUGUCCUCCCUGUCCUUCCCAGUUUGUGGGAGGUAGAGAAGUAGUGAGGACCAAAGAGUUCUCUGAAAGGUAGGGAUGGGACAUUUGGAUUAUGAAUAAUGAGAAGGAAAAGGGCAGGUAAGAGGCUAGCCGCAGGCCCGAAGGACAAGAACUAGCCAAGCCACUAGAGAUACAAUUGGGUGACAUUAAGAAUGAGCACACUGCUACAAUCAGAGGUCAGACACUAUACCUGGAGACAAGCUGACAAAACUGCAGAUAGGCAUCCCAUGGCUUUGGGAUAAGUCAAAGUCC